UUAAGAAAUGAGCUACAGACAAAGGCGUAAAAUAUUUAGUAGAGAGGAUUAUUCGCCAGGUUUUGAUGAGAACCAAGAGAUGGAAAAUGACCCUAAAGUGGUUUUUGAGCAAAAAUAAGAGCGAGAAUGUUGAUUCUAAGGAGAACAAGAGAGCGAUCCCUCAUGUGUUUUCAUACAAUAUUCAUGUUCAAAAGUACCGAUCGCCCAAAAAUUCUGACUAUUACAACACUGGUACAAAUUUUAAACCAAUUUGAAAUGAAAACAAGCUGAAAAAUCCGAAGAAAGACUGAAAUCCAGCUCAAGACUCAAAGCAGGCCAAGAUUGUUUGAAAUACCCACACAAAUAAUCCUUCUGAUAUGGAAUCUCAACCAGAAUUUUAACAAUUUUCAAACGUUUGAUGACCUUAACUUACAGCUUCAUGACAACAGUGCAGAUCUGGAGGAGGACUUUCGUAAUCUAGAGCGGCUAGAAUCCUCCCAGCACGACCGGACCAAUUCCUUAAACCUUGGAAGUGUGUAUAGUAAAAAUGAGUACCAGUUUGACGACAAAGUGUCCAGUGUUCAAAGAGAUCUCUCUAUUUAUAAUUACUCUGAAGAGUUCGAUGCUGAUGACCUUUCAAGCUCUGAGAAUAAUGACAAGAUUACUCAACUUGGACAGUACCAACAAAACGGCUUGAUGAGAGACAGAACUUAUGGUAAGUUAAGCCAGCCAUGCUCAAGUCGUGGAAUGUUAAGGAUCAAAAGUUCAACCAAAUUAUUUACAUUGGAUAAUCCAAAGAACGAUGACUCUCAAAACUCCUCUGACUCAUUCUCUAAUCUAUCAACGGGAGAUUCAGCAUACCCCGUGGAGGGUUUUAAGCAGAGGGCCAUCAAGGAGUUUCGUCCUAAGAUUAGUAUCUGUAAUAUGAAUAGGGAAUGCUUAGAGCCAAAGAAUACUCCCUUUGAAGUUCCUCGUACAAAACGGGCAUAUGAGCCUCCAAUCGGAUCGAAAGUUGUAUAUUCACCGCCUAAUCAAGAGGUGAAUAAGAACAUGAAUAUUUACAAGAGAGUUAGACCCAAACCAAUCACUUAUCAUCAGUCUAAAAAUUCUGCCAUCUCAGAUUGUAGUGAGAAUAUUACUGCGGAUGAAGGUUUUGCAAUCACGUUUCCUGAAAAGGUAGCCGUUCAGAAAUCAAGGAUAAACUACAUGCCUGUGAAUAAGCCAUUUAAUAGGAAGGAAUACACCCAACCUCAGUCAAUGCUGACUCCUGCUAAUAGAUACAACUAUUUUCAUAUACGAAGGAACAGGCCUGGAUUCUGUAGCAGGAUUAGUUAAGAAUUAAGCUCUAAUAUUUUCCAUCUUU